AUGCAUCCCUCGUCGCCCUGCCUCCUUGUCCCCGCGACGUCCUCUCAACCCGUGGAGAGCUACCGUCCAUCGACAGACACGGCAUUUGGACGUCUUUUACUCUCAAAAUUUAACAACAAUCAAGGCGCCGCACUCGAAUCGCCAGCAGCGCACCAGUUGCACUCGAUUCCACCGCGGACAAAGACAACUUCAGGUCUGGUAGUCGACCACUUGUUAUGGCUACAUGCACAAGCCCGUGUUGCUUCUGCCCGCGCGGCCAUUGAAAAGGAUGGCCCCCGCAAACGCGCUCAGGCGGCGCGUGCGGGUGGGUUGCACAAGGUCAUCCACGCCCUCACAAAUACUUCGACCGAAAAGGGAGACAAGUUUAGACUCGCAUUUGGUACUCUUGUCGAACAUCUCUUUGAGCCUCCGUCGACUGUGACAAAGCCAAAACGACCCAGAACAAAAGUCAACAAACGGUCCAUUGUUCCCGACGAAAUCUGUGCACUCUCAGCUACAACUUCUCCCUCGUCCCAAAAGACUUUUGGACUCGGUCCAUCGUGGGCACAACCAUUGGGCAUCGUCGGUGCACCAUAUCACAAUACUCCCUCGUCUCCCUUUGACGCUGGAUGCCCUCAGCAAGAUCGCUGUAUCCGCCACUUUACUACAGGAUGCACCCUCUGUAGUCCCUUUUCACCCUCUUCGUCGACCAUUGGUGCUGGUUUGGACACACUCGACACAUCUGCACCCCUAUAUGCCCUCCGACGACGGUCAGAGGAGUAUGGUGCAGACCAAGCGUCUUCUUCCCCCAGUCUCGAGGCCCUCGCCUACUUUCUCCGCCUUUCCGCGUAUAUCCUCCUCUCCAUGGACGACGAAUCUACCGAUUUGAACAUGGAGACUGUUUCUGCGUCGACAUCAACAGACUCGCUGAACAGCACCCUCGAGAGUGGCACACCCCAUGGCAGCAGUACCGAUAUCAGUAUCAACGCCGACAUGGAUGUAGACGAGCAGGCAGAGAGGUCGUACCCUCUCCGCCCCGUUGAUGUUCAUCAGCGUCUCCGACGGUCGUUUGGGUUCCAAUUUUCGUUUGCUAGGGACAAGCAAGAGUCUACACACUCGCAAUCCACGACGGAAUCGACCAGGUGCAAGCCCACACGCGAGUGGUACACCCUCCUCGCCGACCUCGUCACUCGCUCUGUGCUUGAAGGAUACCUCGUCUGUCGGUGGAAGGGAAUCGAACACGCUCGUGUCAUCUUUGGACUUGGAUCGCGAGUUCCCCCAUCCCCCAACGCAGACAAGGACACCAAACGCCGUUCCAUCUUUUCGCGCCGUUCAAAGGUCGAUUCGGUCCCAGACGCUUCCCAACCCGAACACGACGAGGAUGGUCUCCCCUCCCUCACAGAAGCUGCCGAGCUCUUCUUUGGCGUUGGUGCAGACACUGGUGCCCUUGCGACAUAUAGAGAGAUGAUGAAUCGACGACUUGAAGAGUUUACGACGCUGCCCUCCAAGUCUCCGCUUGUCAAGCACCUCGAAUCUCUUGCGCGCAAGUAUGGCUUUAUGGAAAACGCGGAAAAGUGCGUCGACAAGGGAGUUGUCGAAUUUUGCGAAGCCGUCGUUCAGUGGAAAGGUCUUCCCGAGCUCGAACAGUACAAGCAAGCACGUACUGCUCCCGCUUCUGGCCCCACCACGGCCGCAAACACGGCUGCAACCCGAUCAAGUCCGCGCAUGUCCAUUGCAGCCCUCAUCCACCACACCUCUCCUCUUCCUUGCCCUCAACCCGAACCCAUCACUCGCUUCUUUUUCGUUCCCCAGGUUGACAAAAAGGGAACGAGACGACCCGCGGAACUGCACCCUAUCACACCUUCUCUCUCGCCUGCGAGCGCGGUACGGGAUAUCCCCGUCGUCAUCCGUGCGUCGACGUCGAGCCUUGAUGGUCAUGGCGUCGGUGGCGGUAUCCGGUUCGAACGAGAGGAAUUGUCUGCUGUGUAUGGGGCCACUACCGCCUUUGGGGCAAAGGCCAUGGAUAAUACAUUUGUCCUCGGAUCCAAGCGUCCGCGUGAGGACGAGGAUGAGGACCAAGGCAUGCCGCUCAAGAAGCUCCUUGUUGUUAGUACAGGUGGCUUUAGUUCGUGA